AUCAAAGCUUCUUCACAAUGUCCCAAUCAACCUCCUCAGAUCCCACCCUCACAGCUUUCUACUCCUCACCCUCCAGCGCGCCCUUCAGCAUCUCCGAAUCCAUCCCCGCGCCGCCUACGCCCCUCGACCCGGCCGGAAAAUCCACCUAUCUCGAAUCACUGCGCGCUUCCGUUGCUGCGGCCCAAGAUCAGAUCAACAAGGAGCUCACGACGCGCAUGGAGGAAGAUAAAGCUCGUGAGGGAGGAGCCGCAGCUGUGGAUGAAGAGAAGGAGGAAGAAAACUACGGCGAAGAGGUUCAGGAAGAGGAGGAUUAAAAUCUCCGUUCUUCCAUUCACCCACGCAAAGAUGCCACUGCAGAUACAACUAUGCCAUACGAUUUGGAUUUUAUAUAUUAUAAAAAAAGGACAACACGCCUUAGAAUGUGUACAAAAGGGUAUAGCCACAUCAUACGAACAGAUAAAAGCCAACCCAGCUCAGCGACUCCAAAGAAGAAGAGAAUGAAGGAACAACACCUAGCUAUGAGAGAAGAAGGACCAAAAAAAGAGCAAUCUGGACAAAAAAAAGCAUGGGCGUCUAAAACCCUCUACUCCAACUGGGCUUUCUCGAACCAUUCGCUUUGUUGCCAGUUGCUUUGCUCAAACAGCCAUAAUGGACAACUGUAUUAUCCGUCAACACGGCCACGACGCUACCACCCAUUCUCAUGCCACCAGCCAAUUUCUUGUGGCACACGACGCAAUGCCUCUCGUCGGUGAUGACGACAUGGCGAUUCCGGCCGCCCUGUCCUCCGGGUUUACCGUCGCCUAGCUGUAAUUCCGCGGCCACGGAUAUGCCCUCGGCUUUGCGCAAGCCGGCCAUUAUGCGGGAUUCAUUGACGAGACUGUUUGCUGCGCGUAUUCUCCCGCGGAAAUAGGCUUCGAGGGAGCCGACGGGGAGAUCAUCGGGGAUCAACCCAAGUGUUGAUGUGGCAGGGAGGCGAGAGCCGUGCUUGGAAAGCAGGUCUAGAGCUGGCUCGAGGUUUGGUUUGUGGGGCGGAGGGGGUUGAAGAUAGAGGGAAAGUAGCGUGUGAUAUACAGACGAUGCUGAUUCGUCGGGGUCAUCCGAAGGGGUUGUAGAUGAGGCCUGAGAUCUAUGUGCACGAUUACAAUAGCUAGAUGAAAGUCAGCUACAGAUCAGAAAGAUAACGAUAGAGCAUUCUGGCGACGUACUCUUCCGCUUUGACAUAGUCCUUCAUCUUGAAUACAUAAAUCUCUAG